UAGAGAAUAUAUAGCCUUCUGCUUGAAUCAGUAUAGUAUCAGUCAACCCGCCUCUCAGGCAAGCAAAAAGCCAUGUCUAUGAACUUAUACCAUCGGCUUCUCUUCAGAACCAGGAAUUUCUCACUCUACUGUCACAGCCGAUUCAUGCCCGAUUCAUCAAGUCUUGUUCACAACAAAACCGUGCAUCAUCUCAGCCACUCUCCUGAAGCUGAAGCCAAAGAGAUGUUCCAAGCUCAAUCCCACCUCUACAACCACACCUUCAACUUCAUCUCUUCCAUGUCUCUCAAAUGCGCGGUCCAACUCUGCAUCCCUGACGUCAUUCACGACCACGAGCGACCCAUGACCCUCCUCGAGCUGGCCUCGGUGCUCCGAAUCCACCCGUCCAAAUCAACAUGCCUUUACCGCCUCAUGCGCGUUUUGGUUCACUCGGGCAUUUUCGCAGAGACCCUCAUUCCGAAGAAUGGAGAAGAAGAAGAAGAAGUUAAGGCUUAUGUCUCGACGCCUUCUUCGCGUUUGCUUUUGAGUGAUAAGGUCGUGGGGCUCUCGCCGUUCGUCGCGGCCAUGCUCGAUCCAGCUCUUGUGGCUCCUUGGCAUUUUCUUGGAGAUUGGCUCCAAGGAAAUAACGACAUCGGUUGCAGAGACAAAUUAAUCAAUCCUUUUGUGGCUGCACAUGGAGGCGAUCUAUGGGACUAUGGGAGGAAGAAUCCUGAAUUUGGGAAUACAUUCAAUAGAGCAAUGGCCAGUGAUUCUCAGAUGAUGAAUUUGGUUAUUCAGGAUUGUAAAGAGAUCUUCGAAGGGUUAAAUUCUUUGGUGGACGUCGGAGGCGGCACAGGAAUCGUGGCGAGGAUAAUCUCCAAGGCGUGUCCGGGGUUGAAGUGCACGGUGCUCGAUCUCCCGCAGGUGGUUGCUGGCUUGCCGGAUAGUGAGACUCUGAAGUUUGUUGGUGGUGAUAUGUUUGAGUCCAUUCCUUCUACAGAUGCGAUUUUACUCAAGUUGACUUUACACGCUUGGAGCGACGAGGACUGUGUGAAGGUGCUGAGAAAAUGCAAAGAAGCAAUUGGCGACAAAAACAACGAGCAAGGGAAGGUAAUAAUCAUGGACAUUGUGAUAAGUGAGACUGAGGACGAUGCUCCAGAAGAAACUGCAACGAAGCUCUUCUUCGAUGUGUUGAUGAUGACGGUGGCCACAGGAAGAGAGAGGACCGAGAAAGAGUGGGAAAAGCUUUUCUUGGAGGCCGGUUUCAGACGGUACAAGAUAACUCCUAUGUUUGGUUUGAGGUCUCUCAUUGAAGUUUUUCCCUAAACAGUGCGUGUUUGUUCGAGACGAGGGAUGCCGCUCACUUGGUUCUUAUCGUGAACCCACAUGCUGUCUAUAUCCUGGGAUCGCAUCAACUGUCCAUCCAAUUAUAUUUAUCACCUCACCUGAUCCAAAUGCCACAAACCCUAGCACACGAAAAAAAUCCUCC